AUGCUUUUAGAUUCAAAUAUACUAAUUUGGGCUACUAUACCUACCUGUAUAUUGGUCUUUUGUGGUGUAUUGCUGAGGUCACUAAUCCAGACCACAAACCAAACAGGAAAGAGACGAGCUACUAUAUCUGGAGAGACUAACACCAAUAUUAAUGACAGCUUACUCUCGAGCCAAAGGUCAAAACUACGCAAUUCAGAGUAUCAGCAGCAUUUAAAUAGAUCUGUUUUACUGCGUACUAAGGGCUUUCUUCUAUCGAAAGACUCACUUGAAAGACGUUCCUUAUUCUAUAUACAUAAAGAUCAUGGGUAUUUUAGAAAAGGACCACCUGCUCCAAAUCCUCUAGCUGCAUUUUCUAAUCCAGAUCAUUCUGCAUUAUCUGGAAUGAUGAAGAACCAAUUUGGCUUCUUAAUACUCAAUGGGGGAAUGGGAUUUCUAGUUAGUAGUCUUUUCUCUGGAUUUAUAGUAGCUAAAUUUCCUUUUCCUCUAGCAUUUUCCUUUAAGGGGAUGUUACAAAGAGGAAUAAGUUUCAUACCGAAUCUUGAUCCAUCCUUUUUAUCUGCAUUAUCAUUCUACUUUAUAGUAUUAUUAGGAUCAAAUGGACUCAUUACCUUAUUAUUUUACUACUUUAACUUUAACCAAAUCGGUAUAAUGUCCAUUGAUUUCCCUUCAAUGAACCCACAAGGUAACGUAAUUAAUGAUCUUAAAGAUUCUAAUCUUAUUGAAGAGAUUGACUCUUGGUCAAUAACUAAUGAGGAAUCCAUACUUGAUGUUAUUGAGGAUAAGCUAUUGCUUAAUGAACUUCCUUAG